GACACGAGCAAGGAAGGAGGAGGGAGAAUGGCCGACCGAGGGGUACCAUUAGUGCCGUGGUAGGUAAGAGCGAAGGCGCACGGACGCCGCUGCCGGGAGAGCGAGUGGCGGUGUGACUGCACAUUCUACACGUGCUGUCGCGUUAUUAAAGUCAGCACCUCCGCAGUUCUCCGUUAGAGCCCAUGCGUUGUGAGCACGAUCGCUUCUCUCCUACGGGCCGCGGAGGGAGAGAGAGAGGACACUGCGAUUCGCGAAGGUGUGAAAUAACCCAUAUGUAUAUACAAACACAUACUUGAUUAUGACAUACAAACAGCAGUGUUCUAAAGACAGUGACGUUAAUAGAAGGAUAUGCAGAGGCUAAAAGCACAGUGACAAUGGAAGACACGAGAUCUACCAACCAGCCUUCAGCCACCGACGCACCAACGAUGGAAUCUGCCAAGGUGGUGCCCGAGUCGAGCGAUCUCCGGUGCGACGUGUGCGGCCGCGAUUUCGACAGACGCUCGAGAUUAGAGGCUCAUUACAAGACGCACACGGGCGAAAGGCCUUUCUCCUGUCCAUUUUGCGGCAAGAGUUUCGCCUCCAAAGGAAACUGCAACACACACAUGCGCGUGCACACCCGCGAGCGCCCGUACCAGUGUCCCCAUUGCGACAAGAAGUUCUCACAGCACGGCCAGCUUGUGAUCCACAUCCGGCGCCACACGGGGGAGAAGCCCUACGUCUGCCCGCACUGCAACAAGGGCUUCACGUGCUCCAAGGUGCUCAAGAUCCACGUCCGGACGCACACCGGCGAGAAGCCCUUCCAGUGCGAGUACUGCCACAAGGGCUUCGCCGCCUACGCCAACCUGGUGGUGCACCGUAGGAUUCACACUCGUGAGCGGCCCUACGCGUGCCACCUGUGCGGCCGCGCCUUCGAGCACUCGGGCAACCUCAGCCGCCACGUCCGCGUGCACAGGGUGGACGGCGGCGUGCGCUGCAUCCCCUGCGGGCAGGUGUUCUCGUGCGAGCAGGACCUGGUGGCCCACACGGC